GCAGACGCUGCGAUGUCGGGCUUCGCGACUGAGCCAAAGCUCUUCGGAAAGUGGUCGUUCGAGGAGGUGGAGGUCAAGGACAUAUCGCUGGAGGAUUACAUCGCGUGCAAACCGAAGUAUGCGCAGUUCCUGCCCCACUCGCAGGGCCGGUGGCAGAAGAAGCGCUUUCGCAAGGCGCAGUGCCCUAUUGUCGAGCGCAUGGUUUGCUCGAUGAUGCGGCACGGCCGCAACAACGGCAAGAAGCUGAUGGCUGUGCGCAUCGUCAAGCACGCCUUUGAGAUCGUCCACCUGCUGACGGACUCCAACCCAGUCCAGGUUUACGUCGACGCAGUCAUCAACUGCGGCCCACGCGAGGACUCGACCCGCGUCGGCGGCGGCGGCGCUGUGCGGCGCCAGGCGUGCGACGUGUCGCCGCUGCGCCGUGUCAACACGGCCAUCUACCUGAUGACGACGGGCGCGCGCGAGGCUUCGUUUCGCAACAUCAAGACGAUUGCCGAGUGCCUCGCCGAUGAGAUCAUGAACGCCGCACAGGGCUCGUCCAACUCCUACGCCAUCAAGAAGAAGGACGAGAUUGAGCGCGUCGCCAAGUCCAACCGGUAAACAGUGCCCUCGCCGUGACGUGCGGAGGCCCUGCCGUACCCACCACCUGUUCGCUCUGGACGCACGCCCUGCGUGGGCACGACCUGGCGUUCGUGCGCAACAACUCGCCGUCCUUGUCUGUUUACUCCCCACACGGUCUUGUCUCUCUCGUGCGGAGACACGCACGCGAUGCUCGGAGGCCAGAGAGCGGAGAUCGUGUGGCGCGGGGGACGUGGUUAUGCUCUUUGCUCUCAAUUUUAGCCUCUACAGUACAAAC